AUAAGAGCUGAUUAUGAAAGGAAAAAACAAAGCUCCUAGUCUCACUGUUUGAGCGCUCGUUCACCCGAACAAAGGGUGAGGUGAAGAUUCCCUCUUCUUCAUCACCCGGGUGAAAUUUACCUUCUCGCCAUGGCUGCUGCUACUAGCUUUGGAACUUCAUGGUGUCUAAGAAGAGCAGCUCAUGCUUUUGCUCUCUCUCAUCUUCAUAUUCUACGCAGCAAUGCCAACCUCUCUUUCCAAACUACCCUCACCGCCUCUCAUCUUCUCUCCGUUUCCACUUCUUCAGCCUCAGGGGUCAGCCAGACUGUACAGGCUUUAAAAGGAGAAUUUGAUGUGUUACUCAAGGGAGUUGGAGAAAGAAGUGUAACAAAAGAAGUGAAGCAUAUUCUUGAAAUGGCUAAACGAGCAUCAUUAAAACGAGAGGUUCUCCAUACAGAUUUUCUAACCCCUCCAGUGGUGAAGGAAUCUAUGCAAAUAUUGGAAAAAUUAGCAGAAGUGAAAGCAAUUGCUCAAGGAGGUUACCCACAGGCUGAACGAUGUCGGAUUUCUGUUGGUCAUCCAGAUGUACUGACAAGUGAUCCAGUAGUUAUUUCAGCAUUAAGCAUCACAGGGAACUUUCAGUUUGAACCUUGCUCUCAUGGUGACUUCCUUGGCUCAGUUCUCGGUACAGGAAUUGUCAGGGAGAAAGUUGGAGAUAUCAUAUUGCAGGGUGAGCAGGGUGCUCAGAUACUAAUUGUACCAGAACUUGUGGAAUUUAUUAUGUCAACACUGGAUAAGGUUGGUAAUGUUUCUGUAUCUUGCAGCAAGAUACCAUUAAUUUCUCUUGACUAUGAACCACCAAGAACAAGAUCAUUCAAAACUGUAGAAGCAUCACUAAGAGUUGAUGCACUUGCAAGUGCAGGAUUUAAGAUUUCACGUUCAAAGCUAGUUGACAUGAUCAGCUAUGAGGGUAGCCGAAGAGAUGAGUUAGCCGAAGCAAGUAGCUAGCUGUUUGAGUAAAGUAGCCGGAUGAAGAGAAGUCAUGCAUCUGGACGGGAUUUAUGGACAAUUAUAUCAGUCGUUGUUUGACAUACACUCAGAAUCUAUUUUCAAACUAUACUCAGAAUCUCGGGUUUAUCACGUGAAAUAUCAAAUAUGGAUCUGAUGUGUAUCGUCCUCCAAUAAGGAAGGUUAAUGAAAGAAGGAAUAAGAGGAAGGCUGCUGUUUAGCCUUAUUCCUGUUAUAUAUUGUUAUCUGUGUAAUAAAGACUAGCUUAGUAUCUAGUCUGUUAAUUGGGCAGUUGGGAUUCUGCUAUAUAAAUAUAGGGAAAGGGUAGUUAGUCAGUUAGGGAAAUUGAUAGGUAGUUGGGAGAGACUGGACUCUCGAAGUUCUAGAGGAAUCUAGGGUUCCAUUGUUACAGUUCCAUUCUUGUAACCUUGAGCCAUGGAAUCUCAGUUCUGAGAAUCUUGGUUCUGUUCAACUGAAUAAGCAAUUCCAUUUCUUUGUUCUUGAAUCCUUGAGGAUCCUUCCCUUUAAAAUAGGAAUGGUAGUUACACCUUACGAGCCAAUCAGUCAAGUCAAUACAUGGAAGUCUUCCUAGCUGACUAGGAAAGAGAGGGUAUUAACAAACCCACGAUUAUAAGGGUUUGCAUGGGACGUACGACGUAGGUUAGUGGUUACGUUCUUGAACAACCGUUGUAGUCAGCCGAUCUAGCAAUCACUAAGAGCUUUUUAGAGUGUCUUAGGAACCUGCAUUGAGGAACAUAGUCCCUAUCUUGAGGAAUCGCUUGUUUAGAGAAUCAUUAGUUGGUUUCUCAGCCGUCUCACAUGGCAACCCGUAGACCUAAAUUUAUUUGAACCAACAGUUCCCAAUAAAUGUAUUAGUGUGUCACAACUGCUCGGAUUUCUCUAGCUAUUUUUGCCUAUGUUUGUCAGAGUUGCUUCAAAAAUCAAAAGAGAGCAUUUAUCUUUCAAUAAAUAGUUGCAGUUUCACUGUUUCAGCUUGAAACAAAUCAUAAAGAGUUUAUAACAAGUGAACUUGCUCUUGAUCGCAAGACCUUUGUAAGAUACAUUUUCUUGUAUUCCCCAAACAGCGCUGCACCUAACUCUGUUAACAUUUUCUGAUUUUAUUUGGGGGUUAAUUGAUUGUUUAGAGAAGGAGCAUGGUUGGUUGGUACAUUUUUCACCACAUGCAUUUUUAUCAUGAUAGAAAAAAGCGCCAAUUUCAGUUGUUUGGUCUGCAUAACUUGAAGAAAAUGAAUUAAUUGUUUAAUUUGGAAAUCUUUUUCUCCGCCUCUUCAUGAAGCUUAUCAAAUAUGUACAAAUUAUGCAUAGCACUUCAAGUCAGAAGAUAGUCAAGAUACUUAAUUUUUUAAUUUGUGCUUUUCUUUUUCAUUCUAAAUUAGUCUUGUUAUUUUUAGUUGGGGCAUUUGAACUUUAGAUGAUUGUUGUGAACCCUAAAUAAAUGUGCAUCAGUGACAUUUAAGGCCAGGCACCAGGACAAAAGGAAAAAAUAAACACAAAUCCUUGGGAUACAUGAUAUAGAAUAAUUACAACAUAAGACAACAGCUGAUAUAUUUCAAAUAUUUUCAUCCCCUACUUUCUUUCUCGACUAAUAUCUGAUUAAUGAUUCCUUCAUUCUUGAUGCUGUCAUGAAAGUUUGUUUUCUUAUGAUAUGAGGAUGUUGAGAUGUUUUGUUGAUGCAAUGAAAAAAAUUGUUUA